AUGUUGAAUAGUAGCAGAGACAUCACUGCUAAUUUGAAAACACUCACUUUCGAGUGUGGAUUAAGUGACAACGAAAACCAGCUGUUGUUUCUGCGUGGUCGAUCAGCUGGUUUAGUCAUCUGUGGAUGUGCACAUGCUCUUUUUAUCUGUCGGCUUGCCAUCUCACUAAGAAUAUUCAUAAAAGCAGAAGAUACUGACCAAACACCAGAUACUGAGAGGACCUUAAAGACGCAGGGACUCCGUGUUGGUAUUCUUGGAGGUGGACAUAUUGGAAAACAGCUGACGCAUCUACUGCUUGAAAUGUCAGGCCUCAAACCAUCAAGUAUUAAUGUUUCCACCAGAAGACCUGAGAAUUUAGAGGAAUUUUCUGGAAAGGGCGUUGAGUGUUACUAUGACAACCGUCGCCUGGCCACUUGGGCAGAUGUGCUGUUCCUCUGUUGCCUACCCUCCCAUUUACCACAAGUAUGCACAGAGAUUCACUCUCACAUACCUCCCCACAGUCUCAUAUACAGCUUCCCUUCUGCGGUGCCCAUAAACAGACUUGCACGUCUCCUCGGUCACAAUUUCAUCCUCAAACCUCAGUAUGACUUUGUAGCUUGUGAGUCAACUGACAUAUGGCUUUCCGAAAGUUGUGUGACAAAAGCUUUGAAAGAUACCAGCAUAAUAGUUGCCUCAUGUCCUCUGUCACUAAAGGGGGGUGUCUCCCUGGAUCAGAUGUGGGUGCCUUCAGUGCUGUAUAGCCUCCUGAAUAUGUGCACUGCUCAAAAAAUUGGAUCAAGUCAGGCUCUCCAGCUGCUUAACGAGCUGUUUAAGUGCCAGCCAUCAGCCAAAACAUUCAUCUGUCAAAACUUUGUGAAUUCAGCUGUUGCAGCAAUGCUCACAUCUGACAAAAUCUUCCCCUGGAUUAACUUGGUUGAUGUGCAGUCAAAGGAAACUCCAUUAUCACGUUGUCUGUUGGAGAGUGAAGCUCUGCAGAAUCUCAUCUCAGCUGCAUAUUGUUUAAUAUUUUCAGAUCUACCAUCAAGGAAAACAGUGUAA